AUGAAGCUAUGUAAUAUAUCGCCUGAAGACGCGAUCAUGUCUUCGCAACCGCACAACGAAUCGCAAAGAGUGCCUAGCUCCGAUGCUGGCACCGACGAGCGCACCCUGUACGACCACACCUCCGACGAUGAAGGCUACGACGGCAGACCAUCUGGCGAGCUCGACGAACGCGAUCACGACAUUUUAGAUUCGGAAGAUGAGCGCGAGAGGCUUCUUACGCAGAAAGAUGGUGGCAAGGGCUUAUUGGGGCGCAGAGCCUCGAGCGUCAAGGUCGGAAAGUGGGAUAAGAAGAAGGAGAUGAAGGAGCGCAGGAAAGGCGGCAAUGAAGAGUCGAGUGCGCUCAUGUACGAAAUGGAAGAAGGUAUUGGUGCUUCCAGUACAAGUUUCCGAUCAGGAAGAAGUUCAUUGAGCGAUGAACAGCGACUACUUGCGAGCGAGUCGCAGAGGAAGGUGUGUAGAGUCUACGGAUGCGCGAGCGAAGCUAAUGGACUACAGGUACGCAGAAAGAGUCUAUACCGCCGAAUAGCCAUAUACGUAUCCAUCAUCGUCCUCUUCGUCGUUCUCCUCGCAGCCACGUACAAUCUCUCUACCCCGAAAGAUGUCAAAGAAGCAGCAGCCAUGCUCUCCAACGGCACCUCACUCUUUGCGCCGACCACAAUCCUCAUAUCGCUCGACGGCUUCCGCGCCGACUUCUUAUACCGAAACCUCACACCAACGCUCAACCAGUUCGUAGCAGAGGGCAUAUCGCCAAAGUACAUGAUGCCCAGCUUCCCCAGCGUCACAUUCCCAAACCACUACACAAUGGCUACGGGCAUGUAUCCCGAAGCGCACGGCGUAGUAGGAAACACAUUCUGGGACCCAGAACUCGAGCAGGAGUUCUAUUACACAGACCCAAAGCGCAGUUUACAACCGCACUGGUGGGGCGGCGAACCUCUCUGGGUGACAGCCGAGAAGCAAGGAGUCAGGACAGCAGUCCACAUGUGGCCAGGCUCUGAAGCGCAUAUAUUGAACCAAGAGAUUGCCUACAUCGACAAGUACAACGGUUCCGAAGUCUUGCCUACAAAGGUCGACCGCAUAAUGGAGCUCCUCGAUCUCCCCGGCCCCAAAGACAUCGGCGCGAGCGCAAAUACACCGCGACCUCAGCUGAUCGCAGCAUACGUCCCCGAUGUAGACGGCGACGGCCACCGCUUCGGACCCAACAGCACCGAAAUCCGCAAGACGAUUGCCAACGCCGACACAAUGAUGGCAGGUAUUCUAGCUGGUCUCCACGCGCGCAACCUAACAAACAUCGUCAAUGUGAUAGUUGUCUCAGACCACGGCAUGGCCACCACAGACAAAACCCGCCUAGUUCAACUCGAGGACCUCAUCGAUCCCGCCGAACUCUCCCACACAGACGGCUGGCCGCUCUAUGGUCUGCGUCCUAAAGACCCAGCCUCGCUGCACCGUCUCUACAAUCAGCUCUUAGACCGUACAAAGGAUAACCCCAAUCUCGAUGUCUACUUGCGGGAUGAGAAUAUGCCGGAGCGCUACCACUUUAGCAGAAACGACAGGAUCGCUCCGCUGUGGAUUGUGCCGAAAACAGGCUGGGCGAUUGUAACGAAAGAUGAGUUUAACGUUGAGGUAGGGAUGAAGACGGGCGAGGAGUAUCAUCCGAAGGGACUCCAUGGAUACGAUCACGAGCAUCCGCUUAUGAGGGCUGUUUUCAUCGCGAGAGGGCCUGCGUUCCCGCAUGAAGCUGGGAGCAGGAUGGAACCUUUCCGUAAGUCUUCAUCUCAUUCACAUCAUACAUACCUAUACAGGAGGAAGUAA